CUAAUAUUUACUACAUAAAUAUUUGUUUCUUGAAUUUAACGCCUCCUCCCUCUUACGCCACCCUCUACCCCCCAUACAAUUCCUUUUUAAACUAAGACUCUGAAAAUCUUUGUCCGAGAGACACAAUUGUUACAUUUGUUCGUGUUUUCCGUUAUUAUUAUUAUUGUCAUAAAGACAAAAGAUUAGCACCAAUAAAAAAGCAAAACCUUCACAUUUACAAAUACUCCAUCAAUAGUUCCAUUCUUCUUUAUUCUUUCCUCCUCUCUCUCCUUCCGAAGAUUUGUGUGGUGACACCACAGAGAGAGAGUUUGAAGGUGAGAGCCAUGGCGAAGCUAUUCAUGUGGUUCUGGAGUUUGGUUUUAGUUGGGUUUUUUGUGCACAGUAGAUUAGUAGAUUCUUAUGAAUUUGAGGAAUUCUUUUACAAUAAAACUGAAGGGGCAUUCUUGGAAAGUGUGUAUGAAACUUCAGCAGCUGGUAGUCCAACACCCCUUAUGGUUGGUCUUACAAUAAUCCAUGGUGCUGCCGCUAGAGGAGCUGUGUGUUUGGAUGGAACACUACCAGGCUACCACAUCGAUAGAGGUUAUGGGUCUGGGGCAUACAGUUGGCUCGUUCAAUUGGAGGGUGGAGGAUGGUGUAACAGUGUUAGAAGUUGUGUAUAUCGCAAAAAAACAAGGCGGGGAUCAUCGAAUUACAUGGAAAAACAGAUUCCCUUUACUGGGAUUUUGAGUAACAAGGCUGAAGAAAAUCCAGAUUUUUACAACUGGAAUAGAGUAAAAGUUCGCUACUGUGAUGGUGCAUCAUUUACAGGGGAUAGUGAAGAUAAGGCUGCAGGGUUGCAAUUUAGAGGCAAGCGCAUAUAUCAAGCUGCAAUGGAUGAGUUAAUGUCAAAAGGAAUGCGAUAUGCCAAGCAGGCUCUUCUCUCUGGAUGUUCUGCUGGUGGUCUAGCUUCAAUAAUGCAUUGUGAUGAUUUUAGCAAUUCGCUCCCACAUACUAAAGUGAAGUGCCUGAGUGAUGCUGGAUUAUUUAUGGACGCGACUGAUGUUUCUGGAGGGCGCUCCAUCAGAAAUUUCUUUGGAGGUGUGGUUAAGUUGCAGGGUCUUCACAAGACGCUACCAAGAACUUGCACCAACCACCUAGAUGCAACCUCAUGUUUCUUUCCACAGAAUUUGAUCAGCAACAUCAGGACCCCUCUUUUUCUACUGAAUGCUGCCUAUGAUUCCUGGCAGCUUCAGGAAAGCUUAGCUCCUCAUACAGCUGAUCCGCAUGGCGUAUGGCAUGACUGUACACAAAAUAAUGAAAGAUGUUCAGUGUCCCAGAUUCAAUUUUUGCAAGGUUUUAGAAUGCAUAUGCUUAAUUCAAUUAAAAGAUUCGCUGCUUCAAGACAAAAUGGUUUGUUUAUAAACUCAUGCUUUGCCCACUGCCAAUCUGAGAGGCAAGAUACAUGGUUCUCCGAUAAUUCCCCCAUGAUUAAUAACAAGCCGAUUGCACUUGCUGUUGGAGAUUGGUACUUCGAUCGAUCUGGUGUCAAGUCCAUUGACUGUGCAUAUCCAUGUGACAGAACAUGUCACAACUUGGUCUUCAAGUGAGCCAUAAAAUCAAAUUCUUUUCCUCAACGUAGCAGAAAUAUGUUAUCAUCUUGAUAGUCAUAUACCCCUUGCAAUUAGCUUAAGGUUUACAUGUGUAACGAAGUUCACUGUAGACAAUAAAGUUUAAGUGAUUUAGCUUCCAAUGCAUUUAGUUCAGCAAUACUCCACUUGUGUCCCUUAUUGGGCCAGUUAGUACAGGAGUCUUCCAUUUCUCAUCUUAUGUAUCCAUCCCAGAUUUAUUGGAUUGUAAAACAAAAAACCUCUAUGAACAACUAGUUUUAUCUAUCCAUUUACUGGGGCCAA